GUGCCUACAUCAUCACCCAACAUGGAGGAGGAGAGCAGCGCCAGCAUGCAUUUGAAGGAGGUCACACGACUCUGGCGGGCGUGGAGGACCAUCCACGAGAUGGCCCAGGACAGAGGCUACGAGCUGGCCGAAGAGGAAGUCAAGAUCUCGCUUGAUCGCUUCCGCGCCGAGUACACGAACGACGAUGGCAGUCCGAACCGCGCCAAAAUGCAAUUCUCCGCCCGCCCCUCGGAAGCCAUGAUCAAAAAGUUCACCCCCCCACCAACCCCCUCCAACCCGGACCCGGCGCCUGAGUGCGGCACGAUCUGGGUCGAGUUCUGCCCGGACAAGUCCUCCAUCGGCAUCAGCGUCAUGAAGAAGUUUGUCGAGCACUGCGCGCAAAACAACUUCAAGGCCGGGAUUCUCGUGACGGCCUCCGCCUUGUCGGCCCAAGCCCGCAAAGUCAUGACCGUUACCUCGCAGUUCACGCUCAUCGAGUGCUUCCUUGAGGAGGACCUGCUUGUCAACAUCACGCACCACGAGCUGGUGCCCAAGCACAUUCUGCUCAGCCGCGAGGAGAAGGCGGCGCUGCUCAAGCGGUACCGCCUCAAGGAGACGCAGCUGCCGCGCAUCCUCAGCAAGGACCCCAUCGCGCGAUACCUGGGGUUGAAGAAGGGGCAAGUUGUCAAGAUUAUACGGACUAGCGAGACGGCGGGGCGGUAUGCCAGUUAUAGGCUUUGCGUAUGAGCUGCAAGCUUGCCGGGGAAAGGAGGAAGCUGAAAUGAUGGAUGGAAGGUACGGGGCAAUGUUUAGAUUGGCGAGGUUUGCGGUGCAUCAAACUAAAGGAUCACAAAGGCGUUCUGAGUUUGCGCGGUCAGCAUGGUUUUUAGUUUCGUUGCUUGCUAUUUUGGGCGUUUGGGGGAAGGGUGCUGAGGGCUCUUCUGCUGAUCUCUAUUGAUCCUCAGUGACAACUCAGCGUGACCCUGGUAUAGGCUCGGCUAUAUAUCAGCGAGGUAGUCAUGGCCGUGAGAAUGAAUGGAUCAUGUUGUGC